AUGGCUCGAGCUCAUCGACCUACUCCCCUGCUUCUGCUGUUCAUUGUCCUCCUCGCGUGCGGCAGCGCCACGGUCAACGCUGCGGACGUGAGCGGAACGGUCUGGUGGGACAUUGAUCGCAAUGGCGACGUCACCAACGAACUUUUCGGCACCGGCGUUACCAGUUCGCCUCUCCCCUCCCCUCCCUGA